AAAACGCGGUAAUAAACUUUGAAAUAAACAACACGUUUAUAUUGUUUCAUCUCGUAUUAUAGGCUGAAAUAAUAAUACGGAAUAAUACGGACAACGAGGUAAGAUCAUUUCCGUCAGGAUUUGACAUUUCCAAACAAAUGUCAAAUUCAUGAUACAUUUGUUUACGUCUCGUGCGUCCUGUCAAAAUAUUUACGUCCGAAUAGAUAAGACCUAAGACCAUCUUCGGUUAUCUCUGUCGUAACUCGUAAGUUGUCAUUAUCGCUAAUAGCGCGAUUGAUAAAAAGUCGCGCGCGGUGAAAAAGAAGACGAAGAAGAGGACGAAGACUACGAAGACGGCGAAGGUGGGGAAAGAAGGAGGACAGUGAAAAGUACAUAGGUAGAGGUGGGUGCACACAUAUUUAAGGCUGCCAUGCUCACGCCCCACCGCAUUCUCCGGCCGUGCGCACAUUUUGUAAGGACUGUACACUCGUUACAGUCGGCCAGUUACGGUGUCACGUCAUCGUCCCGGUCGCUCCUCGCUCGGGACUUGGAUCGUCGUCGGCUGCUGCGAAACCCCUCAUCCGUAGAAAUUCUCGGUGCAUCGUUUGCAACAAUGGCGAAAAUCAAGGCUGGUCCAGUCGUCGACAUUCUUGGAGAUGAAAUGACACGCAUUAUAUGGGAUUCCAUUAAAGAGAAACUCAUCUUGCCCUACUUGGAUAUUGAGCUGCAUACGUAUGACUUGGGUGUUGAAAAUCGUGACGCCACAAAUGAUAACGUAACAGUGGAAUGUGCAGAGGCAAUUAAACGUUACAAUGUCGGCAUCAAGUGUGCCACAAUAACGCCAGAUGAGAAACGCGUAGAGGAAUUUAAAUUGAAGCAGAUGUGGAAGAGUCCUAACGGAACAAUAAGAAACAUCUUGGGCGGCACCGUAUUUCGAGAGGCGAUUAUUUGCAAGAACAUACCUCGCCUGGUGGUGUGUUGGAAAGAACCGAUCAUCAUCGGCAGACACGCGCAUGCCGAUCAGUAUAAGGCGACGGAUUUCGUGGUGCCGGGUCCGGGCAAGCUGGAAAUCACCUGGACCGGCAACUCCGGCGAGAAGAUCCAACACACCGUUCACGAGUUUAAGGGUCCAGGUAUCGCUCAGGCUCAAUACAACACCGAUGAGAGCAUACGCGCCUUUGCGCACAGUUCAUUCCAAUAUGCAUUAGCGCGAAAUUAUCCCCUCUAUCUGUCUACGAAGAAUACGAUCCUCAAGAAGUAUGACGGUCGGUUCAAGGACAUAUUCCAGGAGAUCUACGACAAGGAGUACAAGCAGCAAUUCGAGGCGAAGAAGGUGUGGUACGAGCAUCGGCUGAUCGACGACAUGGUGGCGUAUGCCAUGAAGUCCGACGGUGGUUUCGUUUGGUCGUGCAAGAACUACGACGGGGAUGUGCAAUCUGACUCGGUGGCGCAAGGCUACGGUUCCCUAGGUAUGAUGACCUCGGUCCUUGUAUGUCCGGACGGUCGUACAAUCGAAGCUGAAGCUGCCCAUGGCACCGUCACUCGCCACUAUCGUCAAUAUCAGCAGGGCAACGAGACAUCCACCAACCCGAUUGCUUCCAUCUUUGCGUGGACCCGCGGACUCCUUCAUCGCGCCAAGCUCGACGACAACUCGCGUCUGCAACACUUUGCCGAAACCCUGGAGAAAGUCUGCGUCGACACCAUCGAGUCUGGCUUCUUCACCAAGGAUCUCGCAAUAUGCAUCAAGGGCAUGAGUAACGUCACCAGGGCCGACUACCUGGAGACGUUCGAGUUCAUGGACAAGCUCGCCGACAAUCUGAAGAAGGCUCUUAAGGCGUGACUCGUUAUUCACAACAAAGAACAUACGAAUUUACGGGCCAAGUAUUAGGUUCUUACACGCAUUGCAAUAAGAGAAAAAUAUAAGUAAGCUUUUUUUUUAUAUGGUUACGGGAAAAGGAAAGCUUCGAUAAAUAUAUAAUAUAUUUGCAUAAUUAUAUUAUAUACAAAGGUUUUUUGUUGCCAUAGUCAAAUCAAUUUCGCGCUAUGUAUGAUUGUGCUUCAUUUAUGUUGGAAAUAUUAUUAGUUUCUUAAAUGUGAAACACGGUUAAAUCGAUCACUUACAUUUUUCUCAGUGUUUGCACUUUUUACAUUAACUUUUAUACAGCAGAUAAUGCGCAAAUAUAUACACGCGAAAUAACAA